AUGGAUUUCACUUUUACGGCAACAAUACCAUCUCCGACGAAACAACAACUACCGCCUGAACCGCCAGACAAAGGUGGAAAGGGUGUUCAACAUAAAUUAAAAGAAGGCAGCAGCACUGUAUCUUUUAGAGAUAAGGUGUUGGGAUCUCAAACUGUGAUGAUAAGGGAAAAAGUUGAUCUCUUAGCAACAAAUCAAGCCCAGGUUGAAUUGAUACAUGGGAAUAGGUUGAUGCCAAUGUUACAUGUGGAAAGAACUGUUAUAGAAGAACUUAGCAUACCUUGGAAAGAUGCCCUUGUGGUAAAACUCCUUGGAAAGAAUCUGGGAUAUGGAACAAUGAAACAAAAACUAGAGAGUGUUUGGAGGCUUGCUGGUGCAUUCGAGUUAAUGCAUGUAGGCAAUGCUUUCUAUAUGGUUAAAUUUGAUAGCGCAGAAGACAAAAAUAAAGUCAUUAGUGGGGGUCCUUGGAUGAUUUACGAUCAUUAUUUAGCUGUUCGUCAUUGGUCACCAACAUUCAACGCAAACACGGCAAAGAUUGAUAAAACUAUGGUGUGGAUAAGGAUCCCGAGUUUGAAUUUGUUAUACUAUGACGAAAGCGUGUUGUGGGCAUUGGCAUCUAUGGUCGGUGCACCAGUCAAAGUGGAUUUACAUACUCUGAGAGUGGAUCGGGGAAGAUUCGCUAGGAUGUGUGUAGAGAUUGAUUUAACGCAGCCAGUGGUUGGUCAUGUGGGAAUAAACGGCGAAUGGUACAAAGUCCAGUACGAGGGUCUACACAUCAUAUGCACUCAAUGUGGAUGUUACGGGCAUAUUCUAAAGGACUGUACCCAGAAAAAAAUUAUUCCUUCCAUGGAAGCAACGCAGAUUGAAGGUGAAAAGGUCCACAACACAGCUGCAGCAGGCCAGAAUCACAAGCCAGAUUCAGCGGAGAAGAUGCAUACAGUGGUGCAGCCCAAUUUGGAAGUUAACCCAGAAUUACUGCAUGGAGAUUGGAUUAAAGUUGAAAGAAGAAAAAAAGGAAACAAAAUAAACUCUCGCGGAUCUUCAGGAAACCAAAAAGGAACGGUGCCGGUUUCUAAGUCUGGAACAACAUCUAUGGAAAAUGUUAAAAGCAUGAACGGCCAAGUUGGAGAAACAAUUAAUGUUGGGAUUGGUCAAAAACAAAAAGCAAGGUUUAAAAAAAAGAGGCCAAGACAUGAUAAUAUUGGUAUAAGUAAUAAUGGGUCCAUUACUAGUCAAAAGAAUAAUAACCCAUUUAAUGUUGGAGUUUAUGAUGACGGAGGUGCUCAAGGGAAGAAUUUUCAACGAGCACUUACUAAUUUUUGCAGGAAUAACAAAGUUGAUAUGGUUCAGGAAAAAAAUGUGGACCCCUGGUUGCUUACUGUGGUUUAUGCUAGUCCGCGGGAGCAGGAGAGAGGUGAAACAUGGAAUAAGCUUCGUCAACUCGCGGCUAAUAUCAAUGAACCAUGGCUUAUGGUUGGUGACUUUAAUGAGAUAGCCAGUCCAGAAGAAAAAAAAGGUGGUGCUCAGUCAGAUCACCAUCCUAUUAUUGUCCUUACUGAAGGUGAGCCUAAUAAUGACAGAGAUCGCCCUUUCCGGUUUGAGGCAGCUUGGUUUUGUCAUGCGGAAUUUCAUUCGUUUCUCAAAGACAAGUGGGGGGGAGGAAGUGAGUUGAUUGACCAACUCUACAAUCUCACACCUCGUCUCAAAGAAUGGAAUAAAGAUACUUUUGGCAACAUCUUCAAAAGAAAAAAGGAAUUACUAGCGAGACUAAAUGGAAUUCAAAGUAGUCCUAAUUAUGGUUAUAGUAAUUUCCUUGAUUCUCUUGAGAAGGAACUUCAGGAACAACUAGCGGUUACUCUAUACCAAGAGGAGUGUCUUUGGUUUCAGAAAUCUAGAGGUCGUUGGAUUACAGAUGAUGAUCGUAACACCAAGUACUAUCAUUCUAAAACUAUUGUUAGACGAAGAAGGAACAAAAUCAUUUCCCUCAGAAACGAGGAGGGAGAGUGGGUUGACGAGCAAGAUAGCCUCAAAAACAUGGUAAGAACUUUCUAUACUAAUCUUUACAAAGAGGAUCAACCUAUUCGUGAUUCAAUCAUAUCUUGGUCUACUUACCCGGUGAAUUUGGAAGCUGAGCAUCUUCGUUUGAGUGCUCCUAUUAGCUUUGUUGAUUGUAAAAAAGCUCUUUUCGACACGGGGCCUCACAAAGCUCCAAGAGAGGAUGGUUACCCUGCUAUUUUUUUCCAAUAUUGUUGGGACAUCGUUGGGGAAUCUCUUUACAAGUAUGUUAAUCAGGUUUGGUCUAACCCUUCGCUUAUUUCUUAUAUAAAUAACACUAUGCUUGUUUUGAUUCCUAAAGUAGAUAGACCAGAGUUUGUUUCUCAAUUUCGUCCGAUUGCUUUAUGCAAUGUGACUUAUAAAAUCAUCACAAAGGUGAUUGUCAACAGAAUCAAGCCUUUAUUGGAUGGUAUCAUUUCUCCCUACCAAUCGAGCUUCAUUCCUGGUCGCACAAUUCACCAUAAUAUUAUUGUGGCCCAAGAAAUGGUGCAUUCGAUGGCCAAGAUGAAAGGUAAAAAAAUGUUCAUGUCAAUUAAAAUUGAUCUAGAGAAAGCCUAUGACAGACUAAAUUGGAAUUUUGUUGAGCAAUGUUUGGCGGAAAGCAAGUUUCCUCCUAAACUCAUUAAUAUUAUUCACCAUUGUAUCACCACUCCUUCUUUUAAAAUUUUGUGGAAUGGGGAAAAGACUGACAUGUUCUCUCCUACGAGAGGAAUACAUCAGGGUGACCCCUUAUCCCCUUAUUUAUUUGUCAUAUGUAUGGAUCGCCUUUCUCAUAUUAUUGCAGAUCAGGUGGAAGCUAGUUAUUGGAAACCUAUGCGUGCAGGUAGGUCUGGUCCUCAUAUUUCUCAUCUUCUUUUUGCAGAGGCUUCCAUUGAGCAAGCUCAUUGUGAUGAUAUACUUCAGCAUACUGGAUUCACUCAUGUGAAUAGUUUGGGGAAGUAUUUGGGGGCGAACAUUGCUCCUGGCAGAACAAGAGGGAAAUUUCAACAUAUUAUUGGGAAACUGCAAAACAAGCUUAGUGGGUGGAAACAUCAAUGUUUGAGUUUGGCUGGAAGACUUACACUGACAAAAUCAGUUCUUAGCUCUAUCCCUUACUAUCAUAUGCAAUACGCUAAGAUUCCAAAGACUAUGUGUGAUGAAAUGGAAAAAAUUCAGCGUGGUUUUUUAUGGGGUGACACUGAACAAAAGCGUAAACCUCACUUGAUCAAUUGGGAUGUGUGUUGUUUGGCUAAGAAGGAUGGGGGAUUGGGAAUAAGGAAUCCUCACCAAAUGAACAUAGCUUUCCUCAUGAAGAUACUCUGGAAUAUCAUUAAUAGGCCAGAGGAUUUAUGGUGUAAGGUCCUAUAUAGCAAGUAUGGCCGUAAUAAGGACCUUCGGGUUUCUAUAAAUUCUCAACCUUGUGACUCGCCCCUAUGGAAAGCCUUAACAGGUAUUUGGGAUCAAUUCCAACAGUUUACGGUUUUACAGUUAGGGGAUGGUAAUCACACUAACUUUUGGAUGGAUAGAUGGGUGCCUGAUGGAUCUUCUCUCAUGACGAGGGCUACCAACCAACUGAUUGAUUCGACUCUUGUUGUAAAAGAUGUUUUAACAGAUGAAGGAAACUGGGAUCUUAAUUUCUUGAAUGAUAAUUUGCCAACCAACAUCGUGAACCAAUUGGUUGCCCUUCCUGCACCUAGAGACACAUAUGGGCCAGACUCUAUAGGAUGGAAAGGCACAAAUACUCGACAUUUUACUGUUCAGAGUGCUUAUGAUUUGCAACGGGAGAAUGUUCACCAUAUAGAAGGGGACUGGACAGGGAUUUGGAAUUGGAAAGGACCACACAGAAUUCAAACUUUUAUGUGGGACUGGUGCUUCAAGAAUCUUAGCAACGAGUAUGGAGCGCAAAAAGAAGGGUGGACAUCCAUUUUCAUGGUGGCAUGCUGGUAUAUGUGGAAGUGGCGAAACAAAUCAAUUUUCGAUGAAAACUUUCGACGACCAUCAAAUCAUAUUCAUGUGAUCCUCAAGAUGGCUAGAGAUAUUGACAGUUGCAAGCAUAAUCAUAUUAGUAGAGGGCAACGAAAAAAGGACACCAUUUUCAUUGGUUGGAAGCACCCACCUGAAGGUUGGAUAAAGCUUAAUUGUGACGGGGCUUAUAAAGAGUCAGUAGAUCUUGCAGGGUGUGGCGGUUUACUUCGAGACUCAAAUGGUCAAUGGAUUCAGGGAUACACACAAAAGAUUGGUUCAUGUGAUGCUCUACAUGCUGAAAUGUGGGGUAUGUAUACGGGACUGAAUUUGGCUCGAAGACAAGGAGUUACUCAUCUCAUUGUGGAAAGUGACUCCAAAGUAUUAAUUGACAUGGUUACAAGGAGAUGCAAUUUUAAUGGGGCCACCCCCAUAUUGAUCCGUAGAAUCCAGGAGCUCAUAAACUUAGAUUGGCACAUCCAGUUUAAGCAUACGUGGCGAGAAGGCAACAGAAGCGCUGAUUGGCUAGCUAAUCAUAGUUUAUCACAUAGUUCUUUUGAUGUAAUAUCUUUGGAGAGUCCUCCUAGAGAGCUCCAGAGUAUCCUCUUUGAUGAUUUUUCCGGGGCUUGCAUGCCUAGGAAUGUGUGUUUAGUUCCUUAA